AUGACAUCUAAUGAUAUAGAUUUUUUGGAAAAAUAUCAACUUUAAUCUCAAGAUCAAGCUCUUUCAACAUUAGUAAAAGGAUCUCAAGAAUAUACAUAUUAUACUCUCUUGAAAUCUUUAAAUGAAUAAAAUACCAAAUUGAAUGAGGAGUAGGAAACUCAAUUAAAGAAUCUUAAGUCAUAGUCAGAGAAUUUUUAAAAUAUAGAAUUUAGAUCUCUCAUUUUAGAAUUUGAAAGUCUGCUAAAAGAAUCAGACAUUAAAGAAAAUUAGAUCAAAAAACAAAAAAUCAUGUAAAUUAUUAAUGAUAAAUUUUUACACCUAUAAUUCAACAAAUAAAUACCCAAAGAGAAUCAAUUUGAAUUUAAUUAAAAUGAGUAGACAGAAGAUUAAAGUGGCAUUCGUUAAUACAAAUCAAAAUUGGACCCAAAAAAUGUCUCAUUAAAUACAUAUUUACAAAAAUCGUAUUAAAAUCAAGAUUUAUAUGGUUUUUCAGUUUACGCAUUGAGAUAAUUAGAGUUUGAAUAAAUUAUAAAAUGUAAUGACGAAUGGAUUUAUAAUUACUUAUAAAUUUUAACAAAUUCAAGAGCUUUAGAAGGGUAUCUCAACAUAUUAUUUUAGAUUGGACUUUAUUAUUCCAUUAUUUUAAAGACUAUUAAAAGGAUAGUUUUAAUUAGAAUUUAUUUUCACAUCUUUGAGCUUAUAAUAAAUGGAAGAACUAUAAAAAGUUUAUGAUGAAUUAAAAAAUAAUUUGAGUUUCAUCAAGAUUUAUUAUAGCAAAAGAUUUUCACCUAAUUAGUUUUUCAAAUAGGAUCAUAAUAUUUAAAACGAAUAUUUGUAAGAAAUAUAUGAAUGGCAAAAAACUCUACCUAAAUAAUUUUAGUUUUAAGAACUAAUCUUGAUCAAUUAAUUAAAUUUAAGUAUAAUAUAUUUAUUUAUUAUAGAUGCUAAGUAGAGAAAUUAUGAUUUCAAUCUAUUUAUUUAAUACCUUAAAAGACCUUUAAAGCAUUUUUAAGGAUUUAAUGAAAAUCUAAAGGAUAGCUUAAAAAAUAAUUAAUUGUUAUUCAAUCCAAUAUCUGUUCCUAUCAACCAUGAUCAAAUUAUUUAUUAAAAUCUUGAAUAUUUUAUAGAGAAGGAUAUAGAAUUGACAUAGUUAGAGAAUUAUUUUGAAGAACAUUACUUGAAAAAAACAAAAGCUUUAUUGUACCUGUAAUAAGGAAAAGAAGUUCCUAAUAUCAAUUAAAUUUUAACAGAGAAUGAAAUCUAAAAAUUAUAUAAUGAAAAAUAUAUUGAAUUUGAUGAAUCAAACUAGAUAAAUAAAUUCAAGCAUGGAGAAUAAGUAAAACUCAUUUUUUCAUUAAAAAACAUCCCUUAAUUAUCAAUUAAAGUGUUUUAGAUAAACACUUUAAAUUAUUAUUUACAGGAAGGUUCAUAAAAUUUUUUAAAUCUUAAUCUUAAAGGCUUGAUUCCUAACAAUGAGAUUAUUAUUGAUUUUUAGUAAGAUUUUUCACCUACAUUAAAAAAAGUGUAGGAAAUAGAAUUUCCAGAAAUUACACAAAAAGAAAGAGGUUUAUUUAUUAUUGAUUUUUACGGUAAUGGCAUAUCUUCAAGAGCAUUGAUUCAAAAAGGAAAGCUUUAACUAAGAUAAAAGAAAAUAGUCUCAUCAGGUCAUUGCUUCGAAAUUUUGGAUGAAAAUUUAUAGAUUUGUUGCUCUGAUAAAACAGGAAUUUGGGUAGAUAAAUAAUUUUAUCCAAUAGAUAAGUAGAGAAAAGAAAUAUUAAUUCCAUUUGGAAGAACAUAACAGGAGCAAAAUGCUAUAAUAUAUCAUGAAGGAUUUUCAAAUUUAUAAUCAAUUAAAAUUGAAUAAGAAUCAUAUCAAUUUAAAUGUACUGGAAUAGUUGCUGAAGAAUCUUUAAUAAUUGGAAAUUAAGCAAAAAUUUUAUUAUUUCCAAAACUCUUAGGAAAUUAAAAUGCAAUUAGUUUGAAGCUGCUACAAAAUAUAACUAUUUAAGCAUAAAUAUUAAAUGAAGAACUGAAUCCAAAUGUUUUUACUUUUGAUAAUGUAAAGUUUGAAGAUCAAAAACCUUAUGAAAUUGAUAUUCCUAUAAUUAAGUUUUAGUUGAUAAGCAUUUAAAUUACUUGUUAAAUUAAAAGUAUGACAAAUAAAAAUUAAAUAAUUGAUUUAAAAGAUUGUUAUUCAAUUAUACAACAAGAAGCACUUGACACAGAAUAAUUUAAUAAUUAAUAUUUAUAAUACACUGAGAAGGAAGGUUAUUCAAUAUAUGUGUUAGGAAUAGGAGGAGAACCCAAAAAAAAUGUUAAACUAGAGUUGUCAUUUUAAAUUAAUCAUUAUAAAUCAUAUACUGAAAUAUUAUAAACUGAUGAAAAUGGAAGAAUUUAUUUAGGAAAUCUUGAGAAUGUUGUAUAACUUUCUUCAGAACCGAUUGAUUCUGAAUCAAUUAAUAUGAAUGUUAGGAAUUGGAUGAUUUCUUAUUUAGAUGUAGAAAACAUUCCAAAUAAUUUAAGUGUUUUAGUUGGUUAAAAAAUAACUCUCCCUCUAUGUGUAGAGAGAGAUAAAAUUAUCUUAUACAAAAUUUAUGAAGGAUAAGUAAUUGAAUAUUUCUCAUAAUUGUUGGUUUUAGAAAAGAAUUAAUUGAGCUUUACUUUAACUGUACCUGGAUAGUAUGAGUUAAUAAUAUUGGCUUAUAAGGAAUCUUAAAUAGUGAAGAUUGAAGUAUUUGAAGGAUAAUAAAAAUUAGAUAGCAAUAUGUUUAUAAGCAAGUAGAAAUUAAUUAUAGAUUAACAACUUAAUAAUUUAAUAUCAAUUCAUAGUGUUGAAAAAGUAGAGGGAAUUUAAAGUACUAAGAUUACUGGGCAAAUAAGUUCAAAUCGUCCAGCAACUCUUUUUGUAAUAUGUGAAUCAUUUUAUACAUAACCUUAUUUGAUUAUAUAGUAAAUUAAGUAAAUACUCUCACCUGCAAAAAAAGAAGAAUUUCAUGUCUUUUAUACAUAAUUUUAAUCAUUAACAAAUACAGAAAUUUCAGAUGAAGAACAAUAUGUAGAAAAUAGAAAAAAAUAAGAAACAUUUAUCGGUAAUACUUUAGAAAAACCUUAACUUUUGCUCAAAAGAUAAUAUAUACAAGAAUGUGUUAAUGAAACAGAAUAAUUAAAAAAUGAAAAAUAAUAAUAAGCGUAAAAGAAUAUACUUCAAUAUUAAAAUCAAAAAAAAAGUUAUUGGCAAAGCGAUGAAUUACAAAAUAUGAUGCCUCUUUUCUGUAAAUUAGAUUUUUUGAAGUAACCUGGAAAAUUAAUAAUAUUAUAACCUAAUCAGAGCUCAAAGGAACAAGAAGAUUAAGAAUUCUCUUUUGAGAUUCCUAAUUGCUAUUCUCAAAUUAUGAUUUUUGCUCUUAAUGAUUAUAAUUAUGCUUUCUAAGAAAUUUCAUUAAAUUCUUGUGGAAUUAGCACAAGAAGUCUUGAGCAUUAAACAAUUCUUAAGAAAGAUAAAUGUUAUACAACAUCUAGAAAUUCACAGGUGGUGAAAAAGGAGGAAAGUAUUUACAUUAAUGAUGUAACAGCUACAAAAAUGAAAAUAAUAGAUUCUUUAGAAAAAGUUUAUAGAGAAUUAAUAUCCCUAAAUAAAAAUGGAAAAAAUCUGAGAGAUAAAGAUCUUUAAAAUUGGGAGUUUUUAAUAUAAUGGAAUAUAAAAACUUUAGAACAAAAACAUUAAAUUUAUGAUGAAUUCUAAAGUGAUGAAUUAAAUUUGUUUUUAUAUUUCAAAGACUCACCUUUCUUUGAAGUUUAUGUACUAAACUACAUAAAAAAUAAAAUUGAGAAGAAUUUAAUUGAUCAUUUUUUAUGUUAAAAUGAUACAGAAUUAUAGAGAUAUCUAUCUACUUACAUUUUUAACAAUUUGAAUCUAAUUGAAUAAAUCUUAUUAUUGAUUUAUUUUUAAGAAAUAAAAAAAAAUAAAAUUCAAGCAUAACAAAUAUAUUCUUAUAUGUAAUAAAAUUAUGAUAAACUAACUGUUGAUUAAGAUUUGAAUUAACGUUUAUUUGAUACAAUUUUAACUUCAUAAGAAGCUGAAGAAUUAACUAAUACUAACAAUACUAAUAUAAACAAUAAUUAAAUUGGUCUAAGUAAAAUUGCAACAGGGUCGUUACUAAACCCACCACCACCUCCAAGUUUUAAUCCUUUUGGAGAAUCUUAUUCAGGUGGAGCACCUCCACCACAACUACCUGGAGGCUAUCCUCCAUAUACUCCUCCUUAACAUUCAAGUGGAUUUUCAUUUAAACCAACUACUAGUACUUCAAUUAAUGAUUUGAAAAGUAAUAUUGCUAUGAGAUUUACAAAUUUAAAUGAAGAAAAAUGUUAAGAAAAAUCUCUUUACAAGAAAAAUCUUCAAAAAUAUAAUUCUUAUGAAGAUGAAGAACAUUAUAAUUAAUAGAGAAAUGUAUAUAUUUAAAAUUAUAAAAAUGUUGAAAAAACUAAAGAAUAUGGAGAAAGACAUUCAUACUAUUAUAAAGAUCAAAAAAUUCCAAUUAAACUCAAUAAAUUCUUUUUGGAAUUAGCCUAAUUUUCAUUGAAUUAAGGAAUUCUAAAUACUUCCUCCUCUUUUAUUUCACCUUAAAUAAUUCAUUAUACUACUUUUUCUGAAUUUGUAUUCAUACUUACUGUUUUAGAUUUACCAUUCUAAAAUUUAAAAUAAAAUUAUUUUCCUUACUAAGAAAAGGGAAUGUAAAUUGUUGCUGAAUCAAAUCUAAUUUAUUAUAGUAAAGAUAUUAAAGAAGUUGAUAUUGAAUUAAGAAAUGAUAUCCUUAUUACAUAAUUAUUCUUUGAUGAAUAAAAUAAAAAAUAAGAAUUUUUAACAUCUUAGGAAUAUUUAACUAAUCACAUUUAUGGAUCAUUAAUAAUAGUUUCUAAUUUCUCAAACAUUAGCAUAAAUGCUUAAAUUUUUAUAGAAAUACCUAAUGGAGCAAUUCCAGUUAAAUCAUUAUUUUAUUCAAAAUCAAUCAAUAUUUCAUGUUAACCAUUAUCAACAGAAAGAUAUUCAUAUUAUUGGUAUUUUCCCAAAGAAGGUACAUUCAAUAUUCAUCCAGCUUGUUUAACUAUUUUAGAUAAAGUAGUUGCUGUGUCUAAACCUUAGUCAUUUAAUGUUGUUAAUGUUAAAGGGAAUCCUAACUUAGAAGUCAUUGAAGAUAUAUUACUCACAGGAGAUAAGACUAGUAUUUUAGCAUUUUUAGAAACUAAGAAUAUCUUUGAUGAAAAAGUGUUUAAAUCAACUUAAAUAGUGAAUCUUUAUGAAGACAGAGACUUUUAUAUGAAAGUAUUGAAAAUUUAUAGAAAUAAAAAAUUUCAAGAUGCUGAAAUUCUUAAAUUUGCAGUUUAUCAUGCAGACUUUGAAGGAUUAAAAGAAUUCUUUGCCUAAAGACAUAUUUUAGAUUAAUUUAAUUCAAUUAAAUAUUUUAAAUGUUCCCUUUUUGAAAUUAGCAAUAUGAAAAUGGUAGAAUAUUAUCCAUUAAUUACUAAAAGAGUUCAUAAACUUAAAACUGAUGAAUAAGGAAUUCUAAAUAUAGAAUUAAGAAAAUAAUAUAAAGAUUAUCUAAUGUAUUUAAUAGAGAAACCAAAUCAUUCUGUUUCAGAUAAAUUAGGAUUAUCAUAUUAUCUUUUAUUAUAAGAAAGAAUCACAGAAGCAAUAUAAGUAUUUAAUUAAAUUUAAUUACCUUUAAAUGAAGGUAAUUCUGAAUUGCAAUAUGAUUACUUUUAGGCCUAUUUUGAUUUUUAUGUUGGGUAUCCUAACUUUCAAGAUGCUAGAAGAAUAUGUGAAAAAUAUUUGAAUUAUUCAGUUAUCUACUGGAGAAAUCUGUUUUAUGAAAUUGCAAACUUAUUGGCAGAAUUUGAUGGUGAUGAAGAUUAGAAAGAAUUAGAAAUAUUAAAUAAUACUUUUAAUUAUUAAUAGAAGUAAUUAGCUACAAAAGAAGAAACCUUAUCCUGUGAUAUUAAGGGAACAAAGUUAAUAAUUACAUAUUCAAAUCUUUAACAAGUUACAAUAAUGUUUUAUAAAUUCAAUUUAGAAGUUUUAUUUUCUAUUGAUCCAUUUCUCUUAAGCAAAAAGAAAGAUUUUUCAAUCACAACACCUAAUCAUGAAUUUAAUGUGACUUUAGAUCAUUAAAAGGAAGGAGAGUAAUAAUAAUUAUAAAUAUUAUAGAAUAUAUAAGCAAGAAAUAGAAAUUCCACAACAUCUUUAAAGAGAUAAUCUUUACAUUUAGAUUAAUGGUGUUAAUAAGAAAGUUUUCUUAAAUUAUUAAUCUAAUGGAUUAAUUGUCAAUAUUAUGGAAAAUAGUGGUUAGUUAAGAGUCUUUGAUUUAAAUGGAUUAUAAUUAUCUAAAGUUUAUGUUAAGGUAUAUGUUAAAGAAACUACUGGGAAAAGCUACUUUUAUAAAGAUGGUUACACUGAUUUAAGAGGCAGAUUUGAUUAUGCAUUUUUAAAUUCAGAUGAAAUCUUAUAGGAUAAAACUUUUGCUAUUUUAAUUUCAGAUUAAUAAAAUGGUAUUUUUAUUAUAAAUUUCUAAGGUACUGUUGUUAAAGAAGUUUAAACUCCAUCAACAAUAGGAAAAUAUGAAGGUAAUAUCAAGCUUGUAUCAAAAUUAUGGUAAUAAAAGGCAGAGAAUUAAAAGUAAAAUCAAAAUAAUAAAAUAAAUGUUUGAUCUUUAUAAUAAAUAAAAU